AUGCAUCCUAUCUUUGAAAGUAGAUCAGGUGGCUGUGCCGCUGACGGUUCUUGGUCAGGCGGUUGCUCCGGCAGUAGAUUAGCCGGCCGCAGUGACGGCGAUGGACGGCCGCUCGUAACGUAUCAGGCUUCGAGGAGUUCUCGCCGCGAAUGGCCCUCGAGCUUGUCACAACGCCCGCAGGCUGCGGCGAUACGCCCGCAGGCUGCGGCGAUGCGACCGCCCAACUUAAUCUCUAAGGCGACUCGAAACAGAUCGCGUAAUUCGAAAGAGGAAGGCAUCCCGCAGUUUCCGAUUUUCCUGAUGUGGAGACGAUUAACCUUUUUGCGUUCCUGUUGGGCCAUAGCCCUCGUCGUCCUUCUCACCGUUCUCCACCCGACUGCAACCCUAGCCAGCCGCAACGGCCCUGCCGUAGACUCGUUGCGACGUCCCUCUUCCGCAAAAGGCGACGGCGAUCGCGGAGGAGCGGCGCUGACGGCGCAAUCGGAGGCGCCUAUGUUCGAGGCGCACAUGCUGGAGAAGUGGGCCGCCGUGAAACACGGCGAGCCGCAGCCCAGCAGCCUGGAAGAAAUCGCGCAGGUGUUUCUGCAGGAGGGGUAUGGCGACGCGACGGCAGAGCUGGAAUGUGUCACCACGAGCGGCCGGAAUGGCCGCAGCAUCGUUAUUAGUAGAACCCUUACUAGCAGUAUCACGGCCCGCAGCAGCAGCGGCGGCGGUGGCGGCAGCGGCUUUAUCCCGCGGCGGUCCGGGGCGCUGCGCGCGCAGAGUCCGCGGUUGAGUUCCGCGGAGCGGGCGCGUCGGCUGUUAGACGCUUCGGGCGAGGAGGUGGUGCCGAUUCAGGCGCCCCCGCUGGGAUCGCCGCCAACAACGGGCGACCUGAAUCAGCCGUGGUAUCGCUUCGAGACCGUGUCGCAGCUGCGGUUCGUCGACUGGCGCGCGUCGCGGUACAGGACGGGCCUGCUGCUCCAGGACGGGUGCGAGAGCUGCUGGGCGUUAGCAGCGACGGACCUCCUCUCGAUGCUCUGGGCCCUCGCUUUCAACGCCACGGCGCCCGUGCCGCUCGCGCCGCAGCAGGUCUGCGACUGCGGCACGGGCAGCUGCUGCCGCGGCGGCUGGCCCGAGUGGGUGUUCCUCUACGCGAUGAGCAACGGCGGCGUUGCGCGGGAGAUCGAUUAUCCUUACACUGCUGUGGACGGGUUGAGUUGCCGCGGAUUGCAAACCGGCGCGGUGAAAUUGGGGAACGUUAGCGGGUGGGAGAAAGUUCCGGCGAAAAGCGCGGUUUCGCUGAUGAAAGCGGUUUCGCAGCAGCCGGUGUUGGUAUACAUCGCGACGGAUAGCGACGAUUUUCGGGGAUACAGUGGGGGUUUAUUUAAAGGAGUUUGCGGAAAAGAUAUCGAUCACGCGAUGAUUGUGAUGGGUUACAGUUUAGACGCGGCGGAGGGACCCUAUUGGCUGCUGAAAAACACCUGGGGGCCGGAGUGGGGCGAAAUGGGUUACAUGAAGCUGCCGAUUUUGAACGAAAGCCAGCCGACCGGGAAGUGUAGCAUUCACAGCGAAGCUGCGGUUUACCCAACCUUUUACGAUUCGCGGAGUAAUGCGAACCCGUGUAACGUUCGCCCGCAGCCGUGCGGUGGGGGCACAUGCAAACUGCAUUCAGACGGCGCGGCGCGGUGCACGUGCCCCACGGGAUUUGUGGAGAGGAGGGAAUCGACCGGGCCGCCCAAAUGCGUGCGGGCGGACCUGUGCGGCGCGAACCCGAACCCGUGCGGCUCGGGAAACUGCUCGAAUAAAUUCGACGGCAGCUACACCUGUUCCUGCCCCGCGGGGUCGGUAAUCGGAGCGCGCACGGACGGCGCGAUGACGUGCGUGCUCGGCACGUUUCAGAGCGGGCUGCAGACCUACACCGUCGCUGCCGGGGACACCUGCGAGUCCCUCGCGCGCGCGUUCAACAUAACACCCGCAUCCCUUGAAGCCCGGAACCCCUUCGUUGACUGCUCCGUCCCGCCACUCACGCCCGGCUACAUCCUCAUAGUUGCCGGCGACACCAACAUCACUCUCGGCUGCGCAGCAGUCGACCUCAUCUCCCCAAACGACACCUGCACAGCCAUCGCUGCGCGUAACAACUUUACCACGAAAGUCCUCCAAGCGCUCAACCCGGGUGUGAACUGCUCGCUGCCCGCGCCGUCGCCGUCGCUGCGAGUGUCGUCUACAGUGUGCGUGCGAUCCGGAAUGCUGUCUACAACUGCGCCGGCGGCGGUGUCGUGUGGGCAGACGUACCGCGUGCAACCGGGGGAUACCUGCAUGAAUGUGGCUCUCAACGCCAGCAUCACGCUCACCCGCCUCUUGCUCCUCAACCCCGGGCUGAGAUGCACCACCAUGGCCCCUCUGGACCCCUCGAUGUUGCUCUGUGUGGCGCCACUGACGGUGGAGCUUGUGAGCGUUGAGUGCGCCGAGUGGUACUCUGUCACCCAGGCCGACACCUGCACCCGCAUCGCCAACGCUGCUCUGCUCUCCAUGGAUGAUUUCAUGAAGCUCAAUCCCGGACUCAGGUGUGACCCGCCAUACUUCCAGAUUGGCCAGCAGGUGUGCGUCGCAGGGGCAAUCGACGCGUUCAGUGCCGACUCUCUCUCCUCCGACGUUAUCCCGUACACCGUCGUUGCAAACGACACCCUCGCAUCUAUCGCCAAGUACUUUAACACUCUCUGCCUCAACAACACCUUCCCCACUUCUAUCUGCGACACCAACACCCUCCCCUCCUGCGACGAUUCCGCCAUCUCGCAAGGGCAACUGCUGCUAAUACCCUGCAAAAACCGGAUAUUUUCGGACGUCUGUCCGCUGGCGACGUCGACCGUGUGUGGGGCUGAUGGAGUGACAUAUGGCAGCGGGUGUGCGGCGAAAAAGGCAUAUGCGAUGCCGUUCAGGCAGGGAGUGUGUGCGCCGUGUGAAUCGGCCUGCCGUGGCCGCAUGUUCUUAAAGCCACUCACCGGCAAUGCCUGCACUUCCACAGCAGCUUCGGCGGCUGCGGGGCCGACGCCUGCGGAGUUCAUCGCGGAACUGGAGCAGCUGCAGAAGACCCUUCUCAAGAACCCGUUCAAAUACUCGAUGGUAGCGAACGCGUUACAACGGUCAAUCAAACAGCUUAAGAAGCUACCCGACGCGAACAUAAGCGUGGAGUUUCUAUCUGAAAACACUGCGCUGAUCCCCACCAACAUCGCUCUCACGGGAGUCGGCAUACGCGCUAUAGUGCCAAAGCUAAUGGGCGACCUGAUUCGUUUUAACGUCAUCGAAGGCUUGUACCCGUUCGCACAAAUAAAGUCGAUUCCUGUUGGCGGGAAACUGAAAACGCAAUUGAACGGCAAGCAGCUCGUAAGGUUCAAGACGCAAACGGGUUUUCUUUCGCACGGUACAACCGUUGCGCUGGGCCCUCCUGGGGCGAACGUGCUGACGUGGGCACAAAUCGACGAUCCAGAUCUGUUCAAAGGGCAGUUUAUCCGAGCGCACGGUGUGGAUGGAGUCCUCAAGCCCAACGGGAUCAUCUGA